AAUUUGGAAUCUCAUUUCCAAAAGUGAAGGCAGCUGGAUCAGAAAUCAGUACCUCAAAGCCAGAUGUUGACGUGACAUUGCCCGAAGCAACAUUAGAGACCCAGUUACCCAGUACUGAAUUGGAGGCACCUUCAGUUGAGGGGGAAGUUGAAAUACCUGAGAUGGAUGUUAAAGGAACGGAUGUAAAGAUCAAGAAACCAAAGAUUUCAUUUCCGAAGUUUGGCUUUUCAAAAACAGAAGUUAAGGUUUCUGAGUCUGAUAUUCCUAAAAGAGAAAUAACUCUUCCCCAGGUGAAUGUAGAAGUGGAAGCCCCCAAAGUGGACAUAAAAUCUCCAGAUGUAGAUGUUAAGGCAGAUGCUGGCAUUGGAGAUUCUCCCAGCAAAUUCAGGCUACCAAGUAUUAAACUUCCUAGAUUUGGAGCAACAAAAGGCAAAGUUGCUGGUGUGGACGUAAGUGCCGACAUUAAUGUACCUGAAUUUGAGCUUCCAUCAGAUGAAGUUGCAAUUGAAGUUAAGGCCCCUGAUACUGAGCUUGAGGGCCCAACUAUGACCAUCUCAGUGCCUGGGGCAAAGACAGAGGUACAAUCUGACAUUUCAGACAUUGAGAGUACAAGAACAGAACCCCACACCUCCCCAAGUAAAUUUAAACUCCCGACUUUCAAAAUGCCAAAAUUUUCCUUCUCACCAGUAAAGAGAAAACCUAGUGACGCAGAAGCAAAUGUUGAAAAAACAGAUACUGAUGAUAAAAUUCCAGAAAUCACACAUGAAAGUGUUGAAGUGGACAAGAAAACCAUUGAUGCUUCCACAGAGAAAACAUCUAGUUUCAGCCUCUCAUUUCAGAAACCUAGAAGUCGAGAUAUGAGCCCCAGCACACAUUCAGGAAAGCAACCCCCUUUAGGCUCUGACAAAACUGAACAUCACACAGGUGAAAUAUUAUUGGAAGCCCCUGGAGAAGGUAAAGGUCAUCUUCCUGAAAAAAUCAAGGAACCCGAAAAAUCAUCCAAAUUUAGUCUACCUUCAUUUGGUGAUAUAUUCAAGGGCCUAGAUCUUGAGUUUCACGUUCCCACAUUAGAAGAAGCUGAGCAAAAGAGGGACAUUCUGCCUGGGACUCAAGAGAAGGCGGAAACAGAUGAAGACAAAACAGACGCCAAGGAAGAGAAAGGCAGCUGGUUUACAUUUCCUACGUUUGGUAUGUCCUCACCAUCCAAGACACCCAAAGAAACAGAGAUAAAAGUCAGUUAUCCCAAAGAAAACCUGGACAAGGGCACGGAGGGUGAUGCUGCAGAGGACAUUAGUCUGACCUCAUCAGUGAAAUCAUCGGAUGCAUUUGCUGACAUUAGUUCCACCAUCACAAGUGAGCAGGUUGGCCUUUCAGAGACAUCUCCUGAAAAGGUUACAGUGAAAUACUCCGAACCAUCUGUCAUUGUGGGGGUUGGACAGGUUAAAACACCCAGUGAUGUUAUUACCUCCACGGCAAGAACUGAACUCAUUCGCCUGGAGCCACAGUUGCCUGAUCCGGUCACUGUAUGUGUCACGUCACCAUCACAGGACACCCUGACAGACACAGGGGACAUUCACAUCGUUACGUCAAACAUACAAGCACUACCGGGGACUGAACAUGCCACGAUUAUUACCAAGUUUGAAACAGUAGAAACCGUACCAUUGGGCAGAGGCUCAUUUAAAAGUGCUGCCGCGCCUUGGACUGUCGAGGCACCUACUGAAAGUGCCAAGGAGUCCUCCGGAGAAAAGGUGGUCGUGGAAAAGCAUGUAAUAAAAGAGAAGAUGGUUGAUGACAAGGGAACCGUCGUUAUAACCGAGAAGGUCACUCAUGCUGCCCAUGCAGUUUCCGAGGACCCUGAUGGGAAAGAUGCCACUUCUGCUGUCAAAAAGCUGAAAGAUACUAUGCACUCUGAGAAAAUGAAGUUUUUUGAUGCCGCAGAAACAUGACCGCUCUCUACUAAAAGAAGAUAGAAGGGUCUAGUGCAAAUUCCUGCCUUCUUAUAGACCCCACUUUGUUCACAUAUCUAUAGUCUAUCAUUUAUGCAAGUAUAUAGAUAUAUCUGCUACUAGAUCAGAAUAACUAACUGUAAAGUUUUUUCACUUGCAAAAAUGCCGAAAUAUAUUCAUCUGUUUUUUCAGCUGAGGGCAGCAGUCAUUAAUGCAAAUUACAAAUCCACUGCCAUAGUAAGCAUAACAACUGGCUUGGAAACUAUUUUAUUGGUAUCAGUUUUUUAUAUAGGUUAUUUUGGGGUAAAUGUAAGUAACUGACUGGUUUUUAAUUUUAAGCUUCACUAAAAUUAUUAACUGAAAUGACAUGCACACUAACAUACUUUGAAACAAAACAAAAUUGUAAAAUUACAUUAAAAAAUCAUGGGUAGCUAAGGAUUAACCUAUAGAGUAUGUUUAUUCCGGCUAAAAUAUCAGACACUAUAAAUUAACUGCGAAGUGCAAAAGUGCAAAAUAAAACAUCUGUAAAUAUAUCUUUUAUUGAUCAUUUGCAGGUUUCAUUUUUGGUUCCGGUUGUUUGUAUUCCCACAUAUCUGAUGUAAUCAAUGUAUUUGCACAUAAAAAUAAUAAAUGUUGAAAAACAUACUGUA